AUUCCUCAAUAAAUAAUCAUGAUCGAAGAAAUAAUCAUUUUUCAGAGUGAAACCCAUAGAUAAUUAUACUGAUUUAACCAUGAACGUAUUAUACUAUAAUUAUAUCUCUAUGGAUUUAACGGUAAAAAUGGAUGAAACGGAAGCAGUUAGUUGAGAUGAUGAGCCCGGUUCUGGUGGUGCUCGUAGUGAGCGCACUGGCACGCGCUGGAGCAGAGCGCGGCGGCGGCGGCGACUCGCCGCACACACACUACAGCACGGAGGGCGCCGCUCGGGAAGCUGCUGCUGCGGCUGAAGAUUACCUCGAGCGGUCGCCUGACGCCCCGCUGUCGUUUCAUUACGAAGAGGAUUCAGGUAAAAGAAAUAAGUUACCGGUUGAAGAAGAAGAUGAAGAAAUCUGGCACGAACAAAGUAAAAAGCUCAAGAGCCCUCCAAACCCUACUGAUGACGAUGAACUACAAAACCAGGAAGAAGCACCCGUUCUGAAACCUAUAGCGAGUCGCAAAAACAGAAGACAUCGAACCCGUAUCAAAACUAAACAGUUAAACAGAGAAGAAAUAAACUAUAGACACAAAACAGCUUCAAAAGUUCGAAGACGAAAAAUAGAUAAGGACGCAAUAGAUUUUAGAAACGAGUAUUAUGCAAAGAAUUGGAAGCCGGAAGAGUCUGAUGAUGUUGACAUCAGAGAUACCACGGAAAGAGUAAUCAGAAGAAAGCCACACGACAGAAGGAUAAAUGUAAGAAGAAUGGACGUGGACGAUGAAGAUGAUUAUGAUACAAAAACCUUAGAUAGGGAUGACCACGAACAUUUCGCAAGCGAUGAUGAUGCUGAACAUCUAGAUAGCCCCAAGACAAAUUCUCCACGAUUCAUGGUCGAUAGGCCACCUCGGCCUAUGCCUGAAAAAGCCAAAAUCAGAACUAGGAACUACCCAGAGUACGACAAUGAUUAUUACGACAUGAGGAGAGUCAACGAUAUGAAAAAUAAAUUGCCCGUCCUACUUCGCAAAACACAAGCAAGCACCGUGGAACCGCCGAGGACGCGCCCCGUGCAAGACUUCACUCACCAUCGCGCCGAUCUUCCGGAAGCCCCUACCAGAAGCACCGCAACCACGGAAACCACGAUAUUCAUUAAACCAACUGACGUGGCACCUGUCACUAAUUCUCCGACUAAUUCGACGGAAUUAUUCUUAGCGGAAAAAUCUAGGUUAUUAACUCUGAAAAAGUCUCAGAGGAAGGACGAGGUGAAAAACGUGUCUUUGACGAGUAAACCCCCAGCGUUGUUGCAAGUGACGAGGUGGCUGCAGACCCUGGUGAUGGCGGAACCCGCUCAACACGUUCGCUCACGAGCGAGGGAAGUGCUCGACGACUCACCCGAGAGACUCGCGAGAGCCAAGAAGCUGAUGCACCGGAAAUUAUUUGCAGGUACCCGCAGCGUCCACGACAUUACUGACAACUGGGAUGAAAUGGUCUGUGACUAUAUCGACAUUUCUUUGCUAGAUGGAUCUACCUUGAUAUACCCUAAUAAUGAAUUGUUGUGUUUAACAACCACCAUGCCAUCAGCAAGCGUCGCAGAGCGGGAACUCAAAGCGUUCCUCGGCCACCGACAGCGCAAGGGAGCCCCGUCGUCGCAUCGCCUGCCCGCCACCUUCCCGCCCCACGCAGCGCACCCCGCCCUCGACGACCAAUGGGUUCACUUCCUAGCCGCCAAUAACGCAACAAAACAACCCUCUACGCUAUAUUUAACUGUGCUAGCUUUAAUAAACUGCUUACAAUAUUAUAGAUAG